AUGGGGGGCCACGAGCACCACCGCGAGGGCCACAAAAGCUCCCGCUCCGGUGCGUGGGAAGGAUUCGAUAAGCUUAAGAAGGCACUAGAAGGUUUAGCGACGGCCAAAGGUGUAUCGCAGAGCCGCAUUGGAGCAGUGGCGAAGCUCGCAGCGCAUUAUUCCAAGUUUUAUAAGCAUGUGGUGCAUGAUAUUGAAGUAUUUGUAUGGAAGGCCGAGAUUGAGCACCGAUUGGCUGGACUAUAUGCUAUUGAUGCUAUCAUCAGACAGUCCCAUGCCAAGAAUGACCCGAAAGAUGCGUACGUCAAGCGAUUCUUUAUUCGGAUGUCGGAUACCAUUGCAGCUGUAAAGAAAGUUCCAAAUCAAUUUCAGCCCAAGGUGCGACAUGUGAUUGACGAGUGGCAAAAGCGCGGUAUUUAUACAUCCAAGCAGAUUGAAGAUGUUGGAGGACGUGAAUACUUGUCUCAGGGACAAGAUGAAAACGUUACGCCUCGUGCAUCGUCGGGAAAACUGGCGUCGCUGUUGUCAAUAAUCAAGCAGAAGAAGGAGGAGCAAGGAUAUUCCGGCGAACAUCCGGGACAGCAGGGACGACUACCUUAUGAAGAGCUGUACAACGGAGAUAAAGGCGUGAGAGACGAUGCUGGGGCUUAUAACCAUCGAAGUUAUGACGAGCAACAACCGGAUAGCCUCCAGUAUGACCGCAGAGACGCUGGUGGCAUCAUGGGGGAUGCACCUGGUGUGCCAGUCGGAAGUGGUCGUAUACGUAGAGGGCCUGACGACCUACUGAGUGAUCUGGAUGACCGUGAUCCCAAGAAAGCUCGCAAUUCCCGAUGGGGACCUCCUAAGAUGGACAACUCUUCCACAAAUGAUAGGCCUACCCCAUUAAUUACAGGACUGGACAGAGAAGGAGAUUAUCAUCCUGGUAGUGGCAGAUAUGGUGGUGGUUCACCGCCUUGCCCAGCUCCGUUAAUGCAAUCUUUGCAUGGUGCCCUUCCAAGACAUGAAGAGUGGAACAGAAAUGUACCUUCUUCUCAUGGUUUAGGCCCUCAAUGGCCACGUAGUGAAGGUAUCCGAUCACCACAGUCUGGAAGUGUAGGUAGACUCAAUGCACCUCAUUUCGAUCAGAGUCCAAUGCAUCGACCACCAUUUCCUGUACCGGACGAUAGGCGGAGUCCAGGCAAUCGUAUUCCUGGGACCUCUGGGGAGAUUUGUCGCAACUUUUUAGCCGGCAGAUGCACAUUUGGUGACCGUUGUUGGCAUAUUCAUGAUCCACAGUCUCAGUUGGGAAUCCGGACAGAAAUGGCUGAUACUAAGCGUAAAACUGUGCUGUGUAAUAACUACCCACUUGGUAACUGUCGGUUUGGAGAUAACUGCAGCUUUGCUCACGGGGAAGAUGAACGUGGCCAGGCUACGAGGCUGCAAAGACUCCCCAUGCAGGCUGAUCAAGCUGGAAGCCGCUGGCAAGCGCCACUGAAUCCGCGAGCCGGAAUGGAACCGUCACCACAAGUACACCUUACACUUUCUGCUGGUGCAGCAAUUUCUAUUCCCCAGACUAGAUUAUACGGAGCCCCACAAGCUGUAUAUAAUGAACCAAAUGGUGACCGAGGCAUUCGAAGAGACGAUUCUUCUGUAUCUUUUGCUAACGCCGCUGCGCCCUCGCCAGGUGGGCGCCGGUUGCCACCUGACCACCAAUCUGAUUUAAUGCCUUCUACACAAGGUUAUCCAGGGGCGUACGCGGCGGCUAGUUCGACGUUUAUGACACAAGGCCCUUCCUAUUCAAGCGGUGGAGACCAAGGUCGAAGCCACGUCCCAGAGAGUGCUCCCGUUUCACUAUACCCUGCUUCUGGUAGUCAAACAUUCCUAGCCACUACGCCAACUCCCACCGCCAAAGUAUUGGUGGAUGAUGACGAUGCCGAUACAGCUGAACCUGAAUUUACUCUGGAGUAUGAUGAUGAUGACUAA